UUUUGAGCUUUCAAAGGACACCAUGGUGAGGGGCGGUGUAAGCGGGUCGCAUCGGAUCUGAGUCGAUCUUAAGAUUGAGCUUUCCGAUUCACGAGAAGCGCUCUAUCCCGUCUCGUCUCUAAUCACGAGGAACGCUCGCGCUCUAUGAAUUACGAGAAACGCGUUCUCUCUCUAUAAUUUUGAGGAACGCGCUCAACUCUAAUCCUCUCUCUGCUUAACAAACCCAAUUUUGGGGGAACACAUUCUGACCUCUGCUCAAGUUUCCCCUUUCUCUCGUUCAGAAAACGAAUUUACUCAAACAAACUUUGAGAAACCCCGUCUGUCUCUCCGCCAUUUACCGGUUCUCCAAUCUGACAAACACAAACAACCGACAAAUUUUAGAAAGAAAGCAAACAAAUUCCGAAUUUUUUGCGAAGCUGAGCAGCCGCUAUAAAUAGGAUUAGGGUUCAAUGAGUAGAUUCUGUUGCUUCCGUUCCCGCCACUCUCAACCUUCUCCCAUGGAUUCAGGAAAAAACCACAAUAAGAAGGAGAACAUAGGCCAUUUCACAAACCCUACCCCUAUCCCCAGUUCUUUCAUCGACGGGCAUUUCACGGUCCAGCAAGGUCCUUCUUGUGGUGGUUCAAUGGCGUUGCCUUAUGCUCAUGUGGAUGGGAGCCUUAGGGCUUUGGCGGCUCAGGCCGAGGGUUUUGGGCGCAUGGCCAUUGGUGGUCUCCAUGGAUCUCUUUACUGCGUCACUUCAUUGCUAGAUGAUGGACCUGGAUCACUUCGUGAUGCCUGCAGAAGAAAGGAACCAUUGUGGAUUGUCUUUGAAGUUUCGGGAACCAUUAAACUUAACGCGGGCAUAAAGGUCUCAUCCUAUAAAACAAUUGAUGGUCGUGGCCAAAGGGUAAAGCUUGCUGGCAAGGGCUUGCAACUUAGAGCAUGUGAGCAUGUGAUUGUAUGCAACCUGGAGUUUGAAGGUGGCAGGGGUCCUGAUGUUGAUGCCAUUCAGAUAAAACCCAAUUCAAGGCACAUAUGGAUUGACCGUUGCAGUUUGCGCGAUUAUGAUGAUGGACUUAUUGAUAUAACACGGGCUAGUACCGAUAUCACGGUCUCAAGAUGCCAUUUUUUUGGGCACGAUAAAACAAUGCUUAUUGGAGCAGAUCCAACUCACAUUGACGACCGAUGUAUUCAUGUGACUAUUCAUCACUGUUUCUUUGAUGGGACAAGGCAAAGACAUCCUCGUGUGAGAUUUGGGAAAGUGCAUCUAUACAACAACUAUACAAGAAACUGGGGUAUAUAUGCUGUCUGUGCAAGUGUAGAAUCACAGGUUUUCUCUCAAUGCAACAUAUAUGAAGGUGGACAGAAGAAAAUGGCAUUCAAGUAUCUUGAGGAGAAGGCAACAGAUAGAGAAUAUGCUAUGUGUGGCGGGAUAAGAUCCGAGGGUGACCUGUUCCUUAAUGCUGCUCAAUCUGGAUUGAUGAUUGAGAAUGUUGAGAAAUGUGCAUUCAAGCCCCAAGAGUUCUACCCCAAAUGGACCAUGGAACCAGCCACUGAGUCAUUGAAGGAUGUCAUCAAAGUUUGUACAGGAUGGCAAGCGGUGGCUCGGCCUCAAGACACUGGUUGUGUUGCAUGACAGAGCAACUCUUUUAAGCUGUAUGCAUAAACGAACUAUUAAUUCGGAGAGAUGGAUUAUGGUAUUGUUGGAUUGGGUCAGGAGUGUAAGAUAAAUUGUAUUCAGGUACACUAGAAAAAAUAAAAAAAUAAAUUGUAUUCACGUGGUGA